UCUGUAUCCACCCUGCUUGCCAAUUUAUAUAAUAGUCACUUCCCCUUCAGGGCACCGAUGCUUGUUCGCCAUGAUUUGCCUCGCUGCGAGCCUUUCAGACUUUCGAAACCUUACAUGUCUGAAUAGGAGCAAUUUUUUCAGGUGCUUCGGUCAGCUCCUCCAGAGAUCACCGAAAACCUGGAGGAACCUUUGAACAGAUUUCGAGCCAGAAAUCUUGAGGCCGAAGUCACGGAAUUGUACAAGCUCAGGCCACGAUCCAAAGUCUCAGAGCGAGACAAGUUGGACGCAGAAGUGCUGCCAAACUUUGGACACAUCUCAUUAAACGCCUAUUGAAGCAACGGGGCAGAACAGCUGUUGCGAGCGCUUCUCACCAUGAGAUGGGCAUCCCUCCAUUUCGCUCCAGGCUUCAAGCACAAGCUGAGCUUGGAAGAUACUCUUUUCGAGUUAUGUCGACUGAUACUUCAGCAGUUCCGAAUUUGCCCGCUAUGUCUUGGGCAUCACCAUUUGGCACCCGGAGCUCUUGAAGCAUUCCCAACUCCUGCUGCCAGCUACAAUGCUUUGCUGGUUGGGAAUGAAAGGCACCAAAGAGUCCUAGCUUCAGGACAUUUCAGGACACAUGCUGCUCUGCACAAAUCACACGGCCCCAGGACCGAGGUCAAUAAGGUGGUCCAGCAUGUCCAGCCAAAAAUGAGUCGAACAUUUUGGCCCGGAGGAAGCUUGUCUCCUGCCUUGCAUUUUUUGUCGUUGAGCUGCCCAGAUCUCCAGGUAGAUUCAGUAGACCAGCCCAUGAUUUCGAAUGUGCCAUGGCUAUCCGCAAUGGCAACUUCCCACUUGGCAGAGCUCUUGGGAAUGACUGCAAGGCGGAUUGAGCUAAAAAGGCCAAUGUCAGUCGAGGUGUUGACCAUCCCCGAUGUCAAAGCAGAUUGAGCUCAAAAACGCCAAAGUCAGUGGAGGCCCUGAAUCUUGGCAGAUCACAAGGGUGAGCGUGGCUUGAGGUGUAGCUGUCUAUAAAGUUGCCGAGGGAUGGAUUGCCAAGAU